GCUUCUUCCGAAUGUCCAGGAUACCUGUUUAYAAGAAGAACAAGAGGUCUGACUCCAAGCACUGAUGGACCGUUACAUCUUCCCAAAAUGAGCCAAGCGACGCUUUCCUUCUGGAAGCUGCAGUGUCCUGAAGAGAGAAGUCGCCAGUGCCGGACCGGCCGAAACGUUACUCGUGGUGCAGCUUCGGGGAGCAGCUUCAUUUAUGUCACUUGAAGAGGAGGCCGAGUGAGCCACGAGGACAUGGGCGUUCAGCGCUGCUGGAAAAAUGAGCAGGUCCCGGGUCCCCGUGCGGCGUCUGAAUGGCAGUGUGCCCCUUCUCUGAGUACCAAACCAGCCCGUCCUCUUGAUGCACCCUCACAGCAUCAUGGCCAGCACUCAGGAGCGCCUGAGCUCGUCUUCCUCCCCCGGCUCGGCGGGCAGAGCUUCCUGUGAGGAGAAAGACUCGAGCCCGUUCCCCGAGGAGCAGGCGGAUGCUCGUGCCGCGGCCUCGCCGCCCGCCGAGCUCAUGGAGAGCGCCAGCAGCCCCGGCACGGCCGCCGUGCUCACCAGCAUGAGCGAGGACUCCCGGGAGCACUUUGAGAACAGCGUGCUGCAGCUGCGGGAGCACGAGGAGCCCGAGACGCCCCUUCCCCAGGGCCCCAGGGGCGACGGCGACGGCAACGGCGGCGCCGAGGACGUGAAGGUGCAGUUCAACCGGUCGGGCAGCGGCAGCGGCGGCUUCCUCGAGGGCCUCUUCGGCUGCCUGCGGCCCGUGUGGAACAUCAUCGGCAAGGCGUAUUCCACGGACUACAAACUGCAGCAGCAAGACACGUGGGAGGUGCCCUUUGAGGAGAUCUCGGAGCUGCAGUGGCUGGGCAGCGGCGCGCAGGGAGCUGUUUUCCUGGGCAAAUUCCGAGCCGAGGAGGUGGCCAUCAAGAAAGUGAGAGACCAGAACGAGACUGACAUCAAGCACUUGCGGAAGCUCAAACAUCCGAACAUCAUUGCCUUCAAGGGGGUUUGCACACAAGCCCCGUGCUACUGCAUCAUCAUGGAGUACUGCGCGCACGGGCAGCUCUACGAGGUGCUGCGCGCGGGGCGCAAGGUCACGCCGCGCCUGCUCGUCGACUGGUCCACGGGCAUCGCCAGCGGCAUGAACUACCUGCACCUCCACAAAAUCAUCCAUCGAGACCUCAAGUCGCCCAACGUUUUAGUUACACACACGGAUGCAGUAAAAAUCUCCGAUUUUGGUACUUCUAAAGAACUCAGUGAUAAAAGUACCAAGAUGUCGUUCGCGGGUACUGUGGCUUGGAUGGCCCCGGAGGUGAUACGCAAUGAGCCUGUCUCUGAGAAGGUGGAUAUCUGGUCAUUCGGGGUAGUUUUGUGGGAGCUGCUUACGGGAGAGAUUCCCUACAAAGACGUGGACUCCUCUGCCAUCAUCUGGGGUGUGGGCAGCAACAGCCUGCACCUUCCCGUCCCAUCCACCUGCCCRGAUGGCUUCAAAAUCCUCAUGAAGCAAACCUGGCAGAGCAAGCCCCGGAAUCGGCCCUCGUUCCGGCAGACACUGAUGCACCUGGAUAUUGCCUCUGCUGAUGUGCUGGCCACUCCUCAGGAAACCUACUUCAAAUCACAGGCUGAAUGGCGAGAAGAAGUGAAGAAACACUUUGAGAAAAUUAAAAGUGAAGGAACCUGCAUCCACCGGCUAGAUGAAGAAUUGAUUCGUCGUCGGAGAGAAGAGCUCAGGCACGCGUUGGAUAUCCGUGAACACUACGAGAGGAAGCUGGAGCGAGCCAAUAACCUGUACAUGGAGCUCAGUGCUAUAAUGCUGCAGCUGGAGGUCCGCGAGAAGGAGCUCAUCAAGAGGGAACAAGCAGUGGAGAAGAAGUAUCCUGGGACUUACAAACGCCAUCCAGUCAGACCAAUAAUCCACCCCAAUACAGUGGAGAAGCUGAUGAAGAGGAAAGGGGUCUCCCAUAAACCCGGCAGCCAGACUAAACGGCCGGAUCUGCUGAAGUCGGAGGGCAUCCCCAGCGCCGAGGCAGCAUCCACAGGCUCGCCCGUCUCAGGAAGUCCCAAAAUGUCAACGCCGGGCGGCAAGAGCCGCUACCGCAGCAAGCCCCGCCACCGCCGCGGGAACAGCAAGGGCAGCUCCAACGAUUUUGCAGGGAUCUUGAAAAACCAGCCAGGGCAAGACGACGUCCCCCCCGCUCCUCCUCAGAAUCCCUCUCAUCACCCCGGCGUGCAGCAGCCCCACGGUCAGGGCCAUCCGCCGGGCCCCCCRUCGCGGCUCCACGGCCAGGACAUCGCCAACUGCGCCAACAACCUGCGGUACUUCGGCCCCGCGGCCGCGCUGCGGAGCCCGCUCAGCAACCACGCGCAGCGGCGCGUGUCGGGCUCCAGCCCCGACCUCAUCUCGGCCGCCGUGGAGGCCGAUUGCCGGCGGAGCCUGGAGAGGCAGCACGGCGACGCGGAGCGCUGGGAGUGCUGUCAAGCGGAGCCCUAUGAUUCCUGCCUGCAGUGCAGGCAGGACGACGGCAGCCGGGUGGAGAUGCCGCUCGAAACGGGCAUCGAGCGCUCGCGGUCCCCGGCUUGUGUUUCCCUGUAUGAGAACGCGCAGUUUGUGGAGAAGAUGGAGGAGGAGGCGGCGGCCCUGGGGGCUCCCCAGCACUUGGCUUCUGCGGUGCUGCCUUGCAAAACGAGGGCCCUGCAGAAGAGCGGCGAUGACUCCUCGGAAGAAGAGGAGGGAGAAGUCGACAGUGAAGUGGAGUUUCCUCGUAGGCAAAGGCCUCACCGCUGCAUCAGCAGCUGCCAGUCGUACUCGACCUUCAGCUCGGAGAACUUCUCCGUGUCGGACGGAGAGGAGGGCAACACGAGCGACCAUUCCAACAGCCCGGACGAGGUGGCCGCCAAGCUGGAGGACGAGCUGGCCGAGAARCUGGAGGACAUGUUGUCCCAGACGCCCGAGAUCCCCAUCGAAAUCUCCACGCAGUCCGACGGGCUCUCCGACAAGGAGUGCGCCGUGCGCAGGGUCAAGACUCAGAUGUCUCUGGGCAAACUCUGUGCAGACGAGCACGGCUCUGAGAACCCGGCACAGUUUGGCGAAUCAGACUGUGACUCUUCCGAAGGGGAGUGCUCUGAUGCCACAGUCAGGACCAAUAAGCCCUGCAGCUCUGCUACUUGGUAAUACAGAUCUCCCCCAAAGCUUCCUGAUACUGGCAUUUUGAUUUCCCUGAGAUUCCACUUCAUUCCCCUUCACCACACUUGACAGGAAGAGAAGAUGCUUCUCCUUCCCACCCCAGGAGUGAUUUGCAAUAACCUGAAUCUCUGGAGAAAAUGUCCAAAUGAAAUUAAUUCUCUUUGAGCAUUUCAAUCAAGAAUGGCAGGGAUGUAUUUUAUUGAAUAAUCUAGUUACUGUAACAUGGAUAUUUAUUUUUUU